AUGACUAAAAUGCUUGUGAAAAUCCAUUGUAAACAUGUUUUCAAAAUAAUUAGCAUACAAAUCUUGUCUUGGGAAAACAUGCACCAGACACAAACACUCACACCAAUGUCUGCAGGCAACUUUUUCUUAUCAUGCUGAUCUGAGUGUUUACUGAAGGGAAGGGUUUGUGAAUGUUCAGCUAAGUCAAGGAUGACAAGAAGACUUUUCCAUAUACAAGACAACAUAUACCCCGCUGCACCUCACAUAAAUGCAAGGAUAUUGCUACAGGUCUUAUUUCAUCUAAAAGAAUUACAUUUAUAUUUAUGCAUUUGCUCUUUUAUCCAAAGUGACUUACAGUGAGAUACUUGAAAGAAAUCUUGUGGUCAUCAGCAGAACAGGUACAGAACAUCUUCCAUAACAAAUCUAGAAACUUUGUACUUGAUCGAAAUAAAUUUGAUUAUGUGUAAAACUAAUUAUUAACUUAUUUUAAUUAAUUUAUUUAUGUACUACUUAAUUUGAUAAAUAUAGUCUUUAUUCUUUAAAAUAUUUAUAGUACAACAAAUUAGUGCUCAUAUAUCAGAUUACAAACUGCUGUAAAUAUCAUGGACAAGAUGAACAUUAAAAAUUAUAUAUUUAUGUUAAAUAUAAACGGUGGUGGAUUGGUGGAUUAUUUUUGGUUUGUUUAUUUUCUUCAUAACAAAAAUGCUCUAAAAGUUGACAUUAGGAAAUAUGCAUUAGUAGUCUGCAGUGAAUGGGGAUAUUUCUCCUUUAGGAUGGAGGUAAAGGUGUAUGUUGAAGGAGUCCAGCGCAUUGUUUGUGGAGUCACUGAAAAAACAACAUGUCAGGAGGUGGUCAUCGCUUUAGCACAGGCAGUCGGUCGCACUGGACGAUAUACUAUGAGAGAGAAGUUCAAAGAAUAUGAACGUAACGUAACUCCAGAUGAAAGGCUCCUGGAGUCUUUGGAAAAAUAUGGUGAGCAAGCUAAGGAAGUCCAGCUCAUUCUGAAACAUAUCGGUCCUUCCCUUGGGGAAGAACCAAUGCCCAGGGCCCAAAUGAGGCGUGUAGAAGGAGCAGGGAGGGUCCGUAGAGGCAGCGGGAUACUCGCCCUACACCGCCAGAGUCUUCCACCGCUAUCACGUCUCUGCCUCCACUCCGAGCCACCCCCUGAGGAACCAAAGAGACCCAAGAGGAAGUCCCUGACCCUAAUGGAGGAAGCAUGGGGCUGGCUGGAAAACUUGGGUAGAGGCGGGAAACAACCAUCAGGACGAGAUAAGGGAAAAGACAAGGAGGGCAAUAAAGGAAAUGGGCACUCAGACAGCACAUCUCUGAAAUCAGCCAAGAGUUCCCCAGCCUCUGGGGUAUCACAGGGAAAGGACAAAAAAGAUAAAAAUAGAGUCACACAUCAGCCUUUGAUCAGUUGCCUUGGAAACCGUGGUAGAUGCAAUGAUGACAGUGUCUUAUCUGAAAGUAAAGAGGAAGAGGUGCAAAAAGGUGCAGAGAAGGAUGUGAAGACCAUCACAACCGGCAAACCUCCAGCGGCUCAGGUUCAGAUGAGCAGUCCUGAAACUGACAGUGAGGAGAUAGUAGCAUUAAGGAGACAGAUCAUCAAACAACAGACUACUCUGCAAGAACUAACAGUGAAAAUAGAUUCAACCGAUCAGAUGAUUCGUGAACUUGAGGAGCAAGAAGCAGCCAGACAGAGUUCAGAGUCAGAAGAUGAGGAACAGCUCAAGUUUUGGCUAAAUGAGCUGAAAGCAGAGGAGGGCUACGAGAGGGAUCUGCAGCAGCAGUUCUUUCAGAUAAAAGAGGAAGCUGCCAAGUGCAAAGCCCAAAUAGAAGAAUACAAACAGAAAGUGCUAACAAUGGAUCUAAAAAACGUUGAGUACAAAAACACCACUGGACAAACAGACGCACCAAAUCCUGAACUGAACCAUUCUGAACCAAGCAUCAAACAAAUAGAGAGCUCUAUGGAAGGAUCACGUGGAGACAGUAAAAUUGAAAAGGUGGUCACGACACUCGACUCCAAAGUCCCAUAUGUGGUUGUUUCUGCAAACCAGAUAUCUCAUCCUCCACUGAGUGGACCAGCGGAGCUGAGGGAAUGGUGGACACGAUGGUCACAGUCUCAAAAUCAGACACCAGGGACAAAACCCAAAAUAGUGCAUCGCUCUGAAAUCACCAUUCAUCUGGGAAGCACUAGAGUUUAAGCACAUGGAACACUGCAAAGAUUUUGUAUAUAGAAACGUAAAAAAAUUCAACACCACCUCGUUCAUUUAAGCCCAGUGGAUUAUGAACUUUUCAUUGCAUGAGGACCACUGCCAUGAUGAAACACGGUGGUCCUGUAUUUGUUUUUCAUGUAUUAUGCUGUUAAAAAAUAAAAAGUAACACAUCACUGAUUCUCAUAAAAUGUUUAUUUCAAUUGUUUCAUUCAAGACCUUUAACAAAAGUAUAUAGGAGAACCUUGAGGUUCAACACAAACCCAGAGUGCUCCCAGAAAUAAUGAUAGCAACAGCUCCAUGUGUCAUAAGAAGCACGGCAAAAGUCUAUCCACUUAAUUGAAUUCCAGCUCAUUAUUUUUUAACGUUCCUAGUUGUUUC